UUGUACAUGACAUUAAACACAUUUUGCAUCCAUGUUUCAGACAUUACCAGGACCUGCAGCUGCUAAUGCUCAACAGAUAAGGCUCUGGUUUUAACUAUGACUUUUAAUAAACGGCCUAUCAUUCUUCUCAAUGGGACAAGUGGUCUUUGUUUCCUGAAGGCACCAAAGGAAGGGGGGCGGACUGUUGGGGGAGAGGAGGAGUGUUUGGGUUUCAAUGGGAGGAACAUUUUGAAGAGCCAAGGGUGAAGUUAUUGGAGCUGCUCACAUAUUGCAGCACAGAGAACAAGACAGAUUGGGAAACUGAGCCAAAAGAAAGAACUUUUUGUGUGACACAGUAAACCAUGGAGCUGGAGCAUUUAGGUGGUGGUGGGGUUAAACCCGAGAAGGGCAGCAAUCGUCGCUACAAGAUAGCUCUGGCCAUGUGUGUGUGUCUCUGCUUUGCUCUGCUGCUUGCUCUCAUACUGGUCUCUCAAAAAUCCAGUCAGGAGGAGUUCUGUCUGACCCCAGAAUGCAUUGAAGCAGCGGGGUCUAUUCUCAGCAAAAUGGAUCGCUCUGUAAACCCUUGUCAGGACUUCUACAGUUACUCUUGUGGAGGUUGGUUAAAGGAAAACCCCAUUCCUGAAGAUUCAUCCUCAUACGGCAUCUAUCCUUGGUUGCGACAGCAUGUUGACCUCAGACUUAAAGAGUUAUUAGAAGCUCCUUCAGAUGCUGAUGAACUCCAGGCUGUAACCAAAGCUAAGAUCCUCUACCGCUCCUGUCUGAAUGAAUCUGUACUGGAGGAGGCCGAUGCCAGACCGAUGCUGAAAACCCUCAAACAGCUUGAGUUUCGGUGGCCUGUAGUGGGGGAUGGGCUUGGUGGGGAUUAUCAGUGGUCUCAGAGUCAGUGGAAUCUCCUGAAGACACUGGCUGAGAUGAGGAACCAGCACAGCAAGAGUGUCCUGAUUCGCCUCUACAUCUCCCCCGAUGACAAAAACUCCUCCCACUACAUUAUCAAGCUCGAUCAGGCCUCCUUGUCUCUGCCCUCCAGGGAAGACUACACCACCAACACUUCCUCUGCUCAGGCGUACCGCGCAGCUUUGCUCAGUCUGAUGGUGGACGUUGCCGUUAUGCUGGGGGCCACACAGAAAGCAGCACAGACCCAGAUGGAGAACGCUCUGGCCUUUGAGACCAAAGUAGCUCAUAUCCUGAUUCCCUACGAAAACCGCACCAGCGAGAGCAUGUACAACAGAUACACCCUGUCUCGCCUGCAGCGUUCCAUACCACAGUUCAACUGGCUGGAUUUUGUAAAAGCCGUGGUUGAGACUAAAGACGAUCCAUCUCGAACCAUCUCCUCGUCCGAGCCUGUCAUCGUCAGAGCGCCGCAGUACUUUAAAGACCUCAUGAAACUCAUCGACUCCACAGAUCCGAGAACGGUGGCUAACUAUGUCCAGUGGAGGACUGUCUUUUCCAGGAUCACCACUCUGAGCCGCCGUUUCCUCUACAGAUAUCUCGACUAUGCUCGGGUAACCACGGGAACCACUUCGCUGACCGCACGCUGGGAUAAGUGUGUCAACUACGUUGAGAACUCAAUUGUUUAUGCCACCGGGCGCCUCUUUGUUGACACGCACUUCCAGGAGGACAAGAAGCACAUGAUGGAGGAGCUGAUAAAGGGCAUUCGAUGGGCGUUCAUUGAUAUGCUGGAGAAGGAAAACAACUGGAUGGAUGAACCGACUAAGAAAAGAGCCAUUGAAAAGGCUCAUGCAGUCCUGGCUAAGGUUGGGUACCCCGAGUUCAUUUUGAAUGACACCUACCUCAAUGAAGAUUUACAACAGUUGCAGUUCAAUGAGAAGGAUUACUAUGGUAAUGUGAUGCAGACUCUGAAGUUCAUCGCCCAGUCAGAUAUCGCUUGGCUUCGGAAAAGCGUCCCUCGAACAGAGUGGUUUACAAAUCCAACAACGGUGAACGCGUUCUACAGUUCCUCAACAAACCAAAUCAGAUUCCCUGCUGGAGAGCUUCAAAAACCCUUCUUCUGGGGAAAAGAGUAUCCAAGAUCUUUAAGCUACGGUGCCAUUGGUGUGAUAGUUGGACAUGAAUUAACACAUGGCUUUGACAAUAAUGGUCGCAAAUAUGACAAAAAUGGAAAUCUUGACCAGUGGUGGAGCAACUCAUCUGUAACUGCCUUCAAUGAGAAGACUCAGUGUAUGAUUGACCAGUAUAAUGACUACUACUGGGACGCGGCAGGCCUAAAUGUGCGCGGUAAGAGGACUCUGGCGGAAAACAUUGCAGACAAUGGGGGGAUAAGAGAAGCAUUCAGGGCGUACAGGCGGUGGGUGGAUGAGAGCAGAGGAGGUGUGGAGGAGCCCCUGUUGCCAGGAGUUGAACUAAACAACAAUCAACUCUUCUUCCUCAGCUAUGCACAUGUGCGAUGUAACUCAUACAGACCAGAAGCAGCCAGGGAGCAGAUCCAGAACGGAGCCCACAGUCCACCAAAGUACAGAGUUAUUGGAGCGAUGAGCAACUAUGAGGAGUUCCAGAAAGCGUUCAGCUGUCCUGAUUCAUCAGUUAUGAACCGAGGAGCGCAGUCCUGCCGCGUGUGGUGAUCCCAGCGUUACACUGAACUAAACAUGAGCUGUCAGCAGGGCGUCGGCUGAAAAGGCUGAUAAUGCUGGACACUGCCAACAUAGUUUACAUGAUGAGGGAGCAAAAAUAAACUGUUCCUUCUGUAAAAUACUCACAUUCUUAGAUUUAACAUGCUUGAGUAUUGAAUGGAAUGGACCAUUUUUGGACUGAAGCCAUUUCUCAUUGGCUUAAAAAUAACCAGCUUUCUUUAAACACAUGUAUUUACUGUAUUUUCUGCAGUUAAUGACAUAAAUUAUGACUGAAUCCAUGUGGGAAAGAACAUAAUUUAAAAUAUGGUCAGAUAUUCAGCAGUUAAAAAUUUUCUGUUUUUUUUAGAAUUCACACAUAAAUGUAAAUGUACGAAUAUAUAGUUUUUCUACUCAGUGAUUACAUAUAUUCCAGAUGUAUUUUAUCAAUUAGCACAGAAAAUGACUAAGUUAAUGAUUUAAGGUAAACCUCAGGUAAACCUCUACAUAUGUUUAUAAAAACUGUAAACCAACAAUCAGUUAAUGUUUAUUAAUUUCUUAAUUCCUAUAUUUUAUCUUUUCUUCUUUGCGUAAUUGUGAGAAACAAAACUGAGACAGCAAGCUAACCUCUUAAAAUCAUUUAAAAGCUUCAUUUAACUUUACCAAAUACUGGAUUUUAUAUAUGGAUGCUAAUUGUCUUGAUAUUCUCUAAUUCAUUUAAUUUGAGUCCAAAAUCUCCUUUGAUAAAUCUCAGCUCUGACUUGGUUUCUGUUCUGUGGUAAUAUUUGGUUUUACUCUGUAGAAGGAAAAUUGUAGGAUACUGAUUGAACAUAUUAGCAAUAAAAAGUGAAUUAAACAUUCAAUAGAAUAUUGCUGGCAAUAAGAACCUGCUUACACCUAAGCCCAAAAAGCUCCACACUACAAUGUCAAUCCAUGUCAUCAAAUAGCAUUUUAUAUAUUUGAUCUUAAAUAUACGAACCUCUGUUUAUCUGAGAGGGUUUUGCAAUAUUGUUUACUUUGCAAUGAGCUCCCUAACUAUUUAAACUGACUAUAACUUUUUUGUGUUAAUGUAAGACUUAAAUAGAUUUUUUAAGACAGAAAAUUUAGUUUAUAUACUUAUUUCUCCCUAAAAUUAAGCAGUUUCAGAAAAUGUUGUCCCAGUAGAAUUACUUUCCAACAAGUCAAUUAGUGUUCAAUUUUGCAGCUUCCUUGGUUGCAAUAAAUUAAGUCCAAGUCAUGGGUUUGCAAUAUCAUGCUCCACUAUAUCCUAAAUAAUACCCUCAAUCUAUUAACAUUUAUGCACUGUUAUUUUCUGGAAUUGAUUGGGUCUGUCGUGUAGUAUAUAGUGACAUUUAUCAGCACAAAUUGCAGCUGACUAAAUACUCCCAACCUACUUUAAAAUGUUCAUUGUGUAAAGCAAAGAGCUGCUUCCGAUCCAGUAUUUCCCUUUUUUCCUGCUUAGCUACUGUAUAAACAAGCUGAUACAACAUGAGGGCAAGAAAGGUGAUCCAUACCAUUCACUGAUAAAAUUCACUGUUUUUAUUAUUAUAUGGCAUUUCUGCCAGUGGAUUAUACUAAAUGUUGCACACUGGAACUUUAAAGCUGUGAUUGUUUCUUGUAAGAAAUAAAGUUCAGUGCAAUCCAUUUAGACACAAUCCAAUUCAUUCCAAUUUCAAGUGAUCCAAUUAUGUGUAAUCCAGUUUAGUCCAAUUCAUAUCAUGCUAAAUUCAUUACAAAUUGUCCAGCUAAGGAAACCAAUGAGUUAUAUCAAAGUUUAAUUAAAUCCAAUGCUCAGAGCUUGCGCGAGGUGGUGGGUGAUGGAACCAAUCAGAAGUGUCUCUUAACAGCAUCAGACCAACAACAAAACCAGACUCAGGAGGGAUGGCGUAGGUUGAGAAGACAGGACAAAGAUUAAAACAAACACAACCAGGCCACGGUUAACUGCUGCUAAAAAGAAGCUGAAGAGAAAUACAAAAUACAAAAGCUAUGGCAUGUAAAGAGAGGACGGUGAAAAACGCUGCUCAGUGCAUCAUGGAAGGUCUCCCGGAUAAAUUUAUUGUGAGUGGUCAUUACCCACUGAAGAGAGGAUAAAAUCUGGAGAAAUAUCAAAUUUAAUCAGCCAUCUGUAAUCUGUAAUCAUUUCCCAGAAUCCAGUGUGGAAAUCUAACGUCCUGUUUUAUGUAAGAAACUGUUCAAAACCCCAAAUACAAGAGAUUUAUUAGUUAAAACCAAACUUUAAUUUUCUGUUUUAUUUUUUUUUUAAAUAGAUUUAUUGCAUUAUCAUUGCCCCAAAAAGUCAAAAUUAUGUAAAAUUUUCUAAAUUUUAAACAUCAUUGGCUCUACUGUGCUAGUUUAAAGCAUUUCAUAUUAUGUGGCAUCUUUAUUUACAUUUAUAUAUUUUUAUUUAUUUUCCAUAAAUAUGAUAUUUUUGUAAUGUGCUGAAGAAUUCUGCUUUUUAAUUCUGUAUGUUUACAUGCGUGAUCUGUUCUGUUUUUAUUUUCUGUUGACUUAUAUUAAAACUCUAAG